GUUCAGGAGACCCAUCCUCCAGAGGGACCUCCCCCAGGACUCCAGUUGUUUCCCCUCACUCUCCAGUCUUGGGGUCCAGAGCACUGGAAGCCCCUUCCUCAGAAGGUGAUACAAGAUUCCACCAGCCCCCCAGGAACUCAGGGAAGGACCCCAGUUAUGUCUCCUUGCUGCUUGUAGCUCAGAGGACCUGAGCUUCCCACCAGAGGAGGAGCCCAGGAUGGAGAGAGGGGCGGAGCCAUGGAGCUGGGUGCUGGAGACCUCUAGUGCUGGGUCCCCUGACUUCUAUCCAGAUCCUGCCCCAGAAGCCGGUACUUCCACACCAGGGAUGAGGCGUUCCGUCUUAGUCAGGAACCCAGGCCACAGAGGCAGGAGGCCUGAUUAUGAAGAGCUUGACUCAGACUCAGAAGACCUAGACCCCGACCCAGAAGAGCUGGACCCAGCUUCUGAAAACCUGGAGCCUGAGCCGGAAAACCUCCACACUGUCUCUGAGGAUGUGGACCCCAGCUAUGAAGAUCUGGAGCCUGUCUCCGAGGCUCUGGAUGCCGAGGUGGAUGCUCCAGGCUCCAUCUCAGGGAUCCGUGACUCCGACCCCCAAGAUCUCGACCCCCUGUCUUCAAGUUUCGACGACCCCGACGUCAUCGGCCCCGUUCCCCUGAUCCUCGACCCUAACAGCGACACUCUCAGUCCCGCUGCCGCCCCAGACCUGGACUCCCUCUCCUCCGACCUCCCUGCCACCCCUGAGGUCCUGACCGCCGCCCCGGCGGUGCUCCCUGCACCUGCCAGCCCACCCCGGCCCUUCUCCUGCCCCGACUGCGGGCGAGCCUUCCGCCGCAGCUCGGGGCUGAGCCAGCACCGCCGCACGCACAGCGGCGAGAAGCCCUACCGCUGCCCCGACUGUGGCAAGUCAUUCAGCCACGGCGCCACGCUGGCGCAGCACCGGGGCAUCCACACUGGCGCGCGGCCCUACCAGUGCGCCGCGUGCGGCAAGGCCUUCGGUUGGCGCUCCACACUGCUCAAGCACCGCAGCAGCCACAGUGGCGAGAAGCCUCACCAUUGCCCGGUGUGUGGCAAAGCCUUCGGCCACGGCUCACUGCUGGCGCAGCACCUGCGCACGCACGGCGGCCCGCGGCCGCACAAGUGCCCGGUGUGCGCCAAGGGCUUCGGGCAGGGCUCGGCGCUGCUGAAGCACCUGCGCACGCACACGGGCGAGAGGCCGUACCCGUGCCCGCAAUGCGGCAAGGCCUUCGGGCAGAGCUCGGCGCUGCUGCAGCACCAGCGCACGCACACGGCCGAGCGCCCCUACCGCUGUCCCCACUGCGGCAAGGCCUUUGGCCAGAGCUCCAACCUGCAGCAUCACCUGCGCACGCACACGGGCGAGCGGCCCUACGCCUGCCCCCACUGCUCCAAGGCCUUUGGCCAGAGCUCCGCGUUGCUGCAGCACCUACAUGUGCAUUCGGGCGAGCGCCCCUACCGCUGCCAGCUCUGCGGCAAGGCCUUCGGCCAAGCCUCCAGCCUCACCAAGCACAAGCGUGUGCACGAGGGUGCGGCUGCCGCCGCCGCUGCUGCCGGCCUGGGCCUCAGCCCCACUUCGAUGCUAAGGGCAGGGCAGGCCUCCCUCCUGGGUCCGGAUGCUGUCUCGGUGCUCAGCCCUGGCCCUAGCUCUGGCCUUGACCCUGACCCUGGCUCUGCACUGGGCUCCCUCCCCAAUCCCAACCCCAAACCCACCAGUGGCUCUGGAUCUAGCCCCAUCCCUGAUUCUGUCCUGUCUUCUGACCCUAAGCCUGGGCGCAAUGCCAAUUCCGACCUCCUGGCUAACCCUGACCACAGAUCUGGCCUCAGCCCCGACAUAGAUCCUGUGCCCAGCCCUGACCCUAACUCCAAGUCCCACCCUGACCCCGGCUCUCCCAGCCGUGACACUGUCAGCCCAGCCCUCCCUACGGGCGAGAGUCCCAGGUGGGUGCAAGAACAAGAAGCCCUGCUCGGGCCUGAUGGCUGAAGGGUGUGCUGGCACCCACAGGGGCCUGGGAAAGCGUGUGUUGUGCAGUUAGUAAAAUCCUCCCACUGC